AUGUCGAUACCAGUGCAAACAGCGUCGAGUGAUGAGGAAAAGCUGCCAUUGACCGUCAAGGAUGAGGCACAGCAACAACCAAAGGCCAUUUCCCCCUCCAUGGGUAUCUGUACCACGAGAUACCUGAUUCUGGUGGUCCUCAAUGUCAUGCUUGCCUUGUUUGUGCUCUAUGUGAAUCUAGCCAGCACUGGUCCUUGUGGCGACAGUAUCGCGGAAAUCAAGACGGCCGUGGUGGAUCACAAUAGUGAGGCCACUGUAGAAGUCAAGACUGCCGUGCUGGAGGAGAGCAGUGUGGCUGCUCCGUCUACUACUACAAGUACUCCACCAGUUGUUGAUAUCGAAGAUGCAGAAAAGACUCCUGUCAACGAACCCGUCUCGUCACCAGCACCGAAACCACCACCACCCAAAAUCCAGGUCAAUUAUGUGGACUAUAUUCUAUCCAGAAAGAUGACCAAUAUCUGCUUAGUCCAAGGAAGUGGACUCUGUUCCAAUAUCAUGAACAUUAUGGGACAGAAAAUCCUCUUUACGGAUAAAGGCCGGGGGUUCAUUGUGGAUGAUACUCGUUACAACUACAAGUGGAAGGAUGGAUCCACGGGAGUGCUACGUGGAUUCUUCACCCCUCAGUUUCCCGUACUGGGUGAGGGAGAGUGGGAUCAUGUCAUUCGACCUCGCUUCCACACAAACAUUAUGGAUGUGGUGGUCGGUGUGGGCAUGACUGGAUUGUACAGAGACAGAGAUCAGAAAAUGGAAGUGCAGUGGUGUCCUGGAGAACGCUAUCGUGGAUUCUUCCCUCCCGUCUAUGGAACGACCGGAGAGGAGCUCUAUAAUCGCUUUGUGAAAGAAGCAUGCGACAGUUUCCUGUUUAAUGACGUUGCCAAGCAGGAAAUCAAGGCAGUCAGGGAUCAGCACAAUAUUCCAGACCUUCGUCAGAGCAACUCGGUGGCCUUUCAUGUUCGAAGGGGUGACAAGCUCAUUGGCGAAUCAGCCUUGUUUCCUGGAUCGGUCUAUGUCAGCAAACUAUUGGAAGUUAUUACAGCAACAACCAAUCCAAAAAUCGACGAUUGCUUUAUAGCAUCGGAUGAUUUUGCUGCCGUGGCAGAAAUCAUUGAAAGCUUGGAGAAACACAGAAUCCCAUGCAAAAUCCACAGCCUGACAAACAAGGAGGAACAUGGCAGUGACUUUCGUUAUCAGAGGAAUGGUCCGACAGACUUUGAGUCAACAAUAGAGUUCUUGACAGAAAUGUCAUUGAUGGUUGAUGCAACAUACUUCAUUGGGACUUUCAACUCAAAUGUGGGAUCUGUUGCCUCUAUCAUACGAAAAUGCCAUUAUCCAGAGGCACCACACUAUGCCAAUUCUUAUGGUGUAGACCAAGACGAAUGGUACUACCGACUUCAUUAG